UAAUAAGCCUCAUCCGGGAGAUUUCAAGAUGGCCGUCAAAAUAUAGUCGUCGACAGAUUUUUGUUGACUUUUGGCAAAUAUUAGGUAAUUUUCGUCAGAAUGAGACAAUUUUAGACCGUGAGGGAUCAGAAAAGGGAUUCGUUAUGUGGGUGAAGCCAGAAGAAGUGCUCAUGGCGAACGCGCUGUGGGUGACGGAGCGCGCCAACCCUUUUUUUCUUCUCCAGCGUAGAAAGGGCCACGGAGGUGGAGGUCUCACUGGGCUCCUUGUGGGGACCCUUGACACCGUCCUUGAUAACAACACCGCGCCUUACCGAAUCUUACACCAGACACCGACAUCCGAGGUCUACUGGACCGUGGCAUGCGCCAAAUCCAAGAAGGACGUCUUCAAAGACUGGGAAUGGCUCGAGCAAAACUUGAUGCAGAUUCUCGGAGAGUUCGAAGCCGAGGAAGACGUGACCGAGUUCGUCAGGUGCAAGAUCGAGAGUUUGCUGGCAAACGUGGAUGAAGAGAGCAAGGAGGACAACGACACCAAGCGCUUCAGGGAGGCGUCGGCCAAGUUCCAGAAGCUUUUCAGCAUGCCUGAGGAGGAAAAGUUGGUGAACUAUUACUCUUGUAGCUACUGGAAGGGGCGAGUGCCUCGUCAAGGUUGGAUCUACCUGAGUAUAAAUCACCUUUGCUUCUACUCCUUUCUGAUGGGGAAGGAGGCGAAGCUGAUUGUCCGCUGGACGGAUGUCACCCAGCUGGAUCGCAGCAACAGCAUGGUGCUACCGGAGGGCAUCAAGGUCUGCACGCGGGACGGCGCUCACUAUUUCUCCAUGUUCGUGCACCCCAACGAGACCUACGCUCUGAUGGAGCAGUUGGCUGACAUGGCCAUGAGACAACUGCUGUCAGAGGAAGGAUUCGAGGAGGAUAGGGAGCUCCCGCGCAGGCUCAAGAAGCUGACGCCGAAGAAGGUGUCGCUCUUGAAGAGGGACCUGGACGCCAGGGCGAAGAGCGAGGCGUACCGGACGCUGUUCAGGCUCCCGCUGAGCGAGAAGCUGGACGGGCGCACCGAGUGCACGCUGUGGACGCCCUACAACAAGCGCCACAUCUGGGGCAUGCUGUACGUCUCGCCCAACUAUCUCUGCUUCAUGAGUCGCGUGAGCAGCGAGGUGUCACUCAUCAUCCCGCUACGGGACGUUUCUCUCGUGGAAAAGAUCGAGAACUCCAACAGCCUCCUGCCUAAUGCCGUGCACAUCUCUACCAAAAGCAAGACGACAUUCCUCUUUGCCCAGCUGGGCGAACGCGACUUCCUGGUGGAAAGGAUAUCGGACUUCCUCUCGAAGACCGUUCACCGACAGUACAGCUCGGACAGCGUCAGCAUCAACAGCAGCGGGAGUGGAGGCUCCGGAACACGAUUGUCCGCGAGUUACAGCGACACCAGUGGUAACGGCGGGGAUAAAGAGACUGCUACAGGCUCGGACAGGAUAAGUGUCAGCCUUGGUAGCUCUCUUGGAGCAGACAAAACCAGCAUGAGCAGUUCCCCAGCUGCCAACCAGCCUCUCACCAUGGUGUUCUGUAGGAGGAACUCCAAUGAAAUCCCACCCAAGGAAAAGAUAAAGGAACAUCUGUGGGACAUCCACUUUGCUGAGUACGGGAGGGGGGUGUCCAUGUAUCGCACAAUCAAGACACAUGAGCUCAUUCUGCAAGGCAUCCCGGACAGUUUGCGGGGAGAGCUGUGGCUGCUGUUUUCCGGUGCUAUCAACGAGCUCCAGACACAUCCGGGGUACUACCAGUCACUGGUGGAGCAGAGCCUGGGAAAAUACACCAUCGCGACGGACGAGAUCGAACGAGACUUGCACCGCUCCCUCCCAGAGCACCCCGCAUUCCAGUCGGACAUCGGCAUCGCUGCGUUGAGACGUGUUCUCACAGCGUACGCCUUCAGGAACCCCAACAUCGGGUACUGCCAGGCCAUGAACAUCGUUACUUCAGUCCUUCUCCUGUAUGCCUCAGAAGAAGAAGCCUUCUGGCUCCUUGUCGCUUUGUGUGAGAGGCUCCUUCCUGACUACUACAACACAAAGGUGGUUGGUGCGUUGGUAGACCAAGGCGUGUUUGAGGACUUAACCCAAGAGUAUCUCCCACAGUUGUACGACAGGCUAGACGAGCUUGGUGUCAUCAGCAUGAUCUCUCUCUCCUGGUUCCUUACAUUGUUCCUCAGCGUCAUGCCCUUCAACAGUGCGGUCAGCAUCAUGGAUGUCUUUUUCUUCGAUGGUGCACGUGUCAUCUUCCAGUUGGCGCUGACCAUUCUGGACAACAACGCCACCAGCCUGCUGGACUGCAGGGAUGACGGAGAAGCCAUGCAGGCCCUUGGGGAAUACCUGGACAACGUCACCAACAGGGACUCUACAUUCCCGUCCAUCUCCAGCAGCAACUUCUCCUCCAAGUCCCAAGAGUCUUCCGUGGACGUCGGGGACCUGAUCAAGGAGUCCUACCAGAAGUACUACUGGAUUGCCUCGGACACCAUCGAUAAGAUGCGCUUCAAGCACCGUCUUAAGGUCAUACAGGGUCUGGAGGACAGCAACAAGAGGAACAUCGUGCGAAGCGUCAGCUCGGACGUGCCCUUCUCAAACGAAGAGAUGGAGGAACUGUACGACAUCUUUAAGGAGGAGUAUCUCAGCGCCUGUUACUGGGGUUCCGGGGUGUACAGUGACCCUUGGGAGAAACUAGACCCAUCCAUACCAUUCUACAUGCAACUCAAGGUCAACUUCGAGCAGUUCAAGACCCUCUUCUUGGCGCUGUCUCCUUGGGGGGUCGGCAUGCACGCCGACGCCAUGGCCCUCCGCGCCUUCCGUGUCAUGGACGUCAACGCAGACGGGAUGGUCAACUUCAAGGAGUUUGCCUGGUGCCUCUACAUGAUGUGUAAAGCAGAGUUACCAGACAGGCUGAAGCUGGUAUACAGGCUGCACAUGCCUCCUGCACUUCUGCCUACAGAUCACGAAGACCAAGAAGAAGAACAGGAGCAAGAUCCGGAGUUCAUCUCUCCCGAAGCAGAGCCAGCUCUUGAAGCCACUUCUUACUUCGAGGAAGACCUAUCGCCUCUACAUCUCCCGGGGAACCUCCCGAGACACGUACAAGUCGUGGAGAGCCUUUCGUCCACUCCCGCGAGUGAAGGCACCCCUCCCCGUACCGGUACUCCAGAUAUAGAGAAGGAUAACGGAACGUCCAGUGACUCUCAGUUCGAAGAAAUCAGCAUGCCAGAUUCUACUGAGGGUGGCUCGUCAGACAAAGAGGGAGUCCCGUUCGAAUCAUCAGAUGAGACUACAAAAACUGUACCAAAAACACAGCAGGCUAAGGCAGAUCUACGUAAAGAAGCACAGCCGAGUAAGACUACUGAAGACAGCAGGACAGCCGAGAAUCUGUCAUCUGAAAACCUCCAGACAGCACUGAAGACAAAAACAGCAGACUACAGGCUCAGCUUUGUGGAAGAUGAUGAAGACUAUGACUUCUGCGCAGAUUUGGACGACAAACCCAAAACACAGCAAGGACAGGACGAAAAGAAAGCUGUUCAGGACCAAGGAAAGGUCGCAGCAGGAGAUGCUGUACAGGGCAGUGCUGCUGAACCAACUGUACAGGACAGCAAAGAUGGUACAGCAGAUGGAGGUGUCAGCAGUGACAGCACAUCAUGGGAGCUGGAAGGUGAUGUCAAGUCACUUGAAGACAGCAUGCAACAGGUUUCCAUAGCAACAGAGAGACCAGGGCCAAUCACAGCAUCCUCUGCUGACUCCAAGGAUGAGGAGGGUCCACAAGGGGUUGUUAGGGAGGCUGCAGAGAAAGAAGAGGAUGUGUUUGGGGAAGAUGGGUCUACUGUACUCAUGCAGCCUGCAGAGGAUGGACAGGCCAGCACACAGAGCACUCCCGUCAGGAAAUGUAAACAACUGAGCUCUGGAGGAGAGAGUGACAUCCAUCGGUUCCUGAGGAAGUACCGGAGAGAGAAGGAGGCACUGAACAUGGGGGUGAAGGACCUGCCUAGGAUGGACCAGCCUCAGUUCAUCCAACUAUGGAAGACUUUCUACGACAUAUUCCGUGAGGACCCCCACGAGCAGGAGUUGUACCACGCCAUCGCUACCGUGGGGAAGCUACUGUUGGAGCUGGGAGAGGUGGGACGAUAUUUCACCGGCAGUGAGAACAAUUCACCGCUGACUUCUCCCACUGCAGCCAACAAAACAGUUGAAGAAUCCAUUCCAACAAAAGAGACAUCGACAACAGAGACUCCAAGCAGCAAGACUGAUACUGCAGGCAGUGCACCUGGACAACUCGACGAAUCAGCCAACAAGACCGCUGAAGGUCAGAAAAUGGGAACAAAAGACACCCCCGCCAAACCAGAGGUAGUGGAAGAGUCCACCUGUAACCAGGCGACGGACAAGACGUCCCCCGACAGUGCAAUAGCGAUGGUUAGCGAGGAAAGUAUCUCCUCUGGCCUAUCAGGCCUCAGUGCCACAAGCACCCAGGUCUCAGAAAUCUCCCAUGAUUCCAUAGGCACCACCCUACAAGGGUCAGAGGUCAAACAGAAGCCAAGAGGUCAGCUGACCCCUCAGGGGUCAAAGGAUUUACCGACAUCCCCUUGCAGUGAUUGGUCGAUCACGUUCGAACAGUUCCUAGCCUCGAUGCUGACAGAGUCAGAGUUAGUGAGGUAUUUCGAGGCGCCGGUGGAUAUUUUUGCUGUCAUUGAUAGGUACAGGAAGAGGAAAAUGAUAGAGAGACAGUUCAGUACUUCCAGUUUUUCAAGCCAGAGUGGGUCCCAAACAUUGUAGUUCAAUCAAAGAAUGGAGUAAAAUGAGUUAGUGCUAGAAGCUACCAUCUCAGACCAAAAGGGAGGGCAACAUGGCAAUGUCAUUCACUUUAAGUCUUUUAAAGAACGAAGGAAAAUUCGAGGACGUUGUUGCUAAAAUGGAAAGGUAUAAAGUCGGGAAAAGGACAAAGUUUCUAGGGCCAAGAGAAAAGCAUAAACAGAACCAACUCAUCUAUAUGAUAUUGUCUAUACCUACAGAUUGAAGCAAACCAGACUUAACAUGGGACUGCUUA